AUCCGGUUCAUCUCCGUUCCAGCGUUUCAAUUCCAUCUAUUCCUAUUCGGUUCAUAACACCUCCAUCCUUUCUUUACCAUCAAAGAUCUGACAAAAUGGGUAAAGUUAAGUGUUCGCAACUGCGAAGGAAAGACAAGAAAGAGCUGCUUAAGCAGCUGGAGGAGCUCAAAACGGAAUUAACGAAUCUACGAGUGGCCAAAGUAACGGGUGGUGCCGCUUCAAAGCUUUCAAAAAUCCGAGUCGUUCGCAAAGCAAUCGCUCGAGUUUACAUUGUAAUGCACCAAAAGCAGAAGGAGAACCUUCGUCUGUUGUGUAAAAACAAAAAAUACAAGCCCCUGGAUUUGAGGCCGAAGAAGACAAGAGCCAUACGUAGGAAGCUUACACCAUACCAAGCAGGUCGCAAAACUUUGAAGGAAAUCAAAAAGAGGUCCGUAUUUCCACCAAGAAAAUAUGCUUUAAAAAUUUGAAUUAAUCUUCGCAUAUAAUAAAUAAAUUCUUAAAUAAAGCUUAA